UUUCUAUUUUUCUUCAUUUCGACUUUCUCACAAGGCUUCAACGUGUGGCCAUUUUUUCUUUUCUACUCAUACACACUACUUCGGAUAUCGAACACAAGAACAUCGUCGUCUUCUUCAACCCAAAAAUCCCCCAAUUUUCCGGAGAAUCAAAGCUCUUGUUCCCAAAUGUCUGCUGCUAUCUCCCUCAAAUUAAACCUAAUUGUUUGGUGAGCUUCAUCAUCUUCUAUAAUGCUUGAAGCAAUCGCUUCUUGCCAUGGUCCCAUGGGUCAUGACCUUAUUGUUCAUCGGAGCUCUAAAACAUCCAAUCACCACUCGUUAAAACACCGUUUCAGACACAUUUACAAUGGCCCAAAUCGAUACGACAAACUACUCCACACGCCGGCAUUUUCCAUGUGUCGCAGGAUACAAUACUGUGUUCAUAUGUCUUCAAAUCUACCAAAUACUCCACCAUUGUUAACUUCCUCAUUUUGUGGUCGUCGACAAUCUUAUAUCUCGAAUCAUAGUUCCUCUUUCAGAGGAGGAAGAUUUCGUAUGAAUGCAACACUUGACGUUGGUGGCGCCGUUGAAGUCAUCAAUGAUUUAGGAUUGGAUACUUUGACGUUUUUAGCUGUUACUGUUUUGGUUGUUCCCGCUUUCAAGAUUGUCAAAGCUAGCCCUAUACUUGGUUUCUUUUUUGCGGGAGUUGUGCUUAAUCAAUUUGGAUUGAUUAGAAAUCUUACAGAUGUUAAAGUUCUUUCUGAAUGGGGCAUUCUUUUCUUGCUAUUUGAAAUGGGUUUAGAGCUUUCAUUAGCACGUUUGAAAGCUCUUGCUAAAUUCGCCUUUGGUAUGGGUUUAACUCAAGUUGUUCUAUCUACUCUUGCUUUCACAGCAUUUGAACUCCCACCUAAUGGAGCUAUUGGAACACGCAUUUUGGAGUUCCUUUUUCACUCAAGAUCUGAUCUGGUGAACAUAAGAAGUAUUGAUGAAGCUAUAGUCAUUGGUGCUGCUCUCUCAUUGUCAUCUUCUGCAUUUGUUUUACAGCUUCUUGCAGAAAAAGGUGAGCUAGCAACUCGAUUUGGAUCAGCUACUCUUGGAAUACUCUUAUUUCAGGAUAUAGCAGUGGUGCCACUUUUAGUCAUACUUCCAGUUUUAGAGAGCCAGAAUCCAGUGAACGAGAGUAUAUUACCAAUGCUUGUGAAAGAAAGUUUAAAAGCUUUAGGUGGAUUGGGUAUUCUUUCUCUUGGUGGGAAAUUCCUUCUCAGGCGUGUUUUCGAGGUUGUUGCAGAAGCAAGAAGCUCAGAGGCUUUUGUAGCACUCUGUUUACUAACAGUUGCUGGAACAUCACUUAUAACUCAGAAAUUAGGGUUCAGCGACACGCUUGGAGCUUUUUUAGCUGGGGCUCUUUUAGCUGAAACAAAUUUCAGAACACAAAUCGAAGCUGAUAUAAGACCUUUUAGAGGAUUACUUCUAGGGUUAUUCUUUGUAACUACUGGCACAUCUAUUGAUACACAGCUACUUAUUCGAGAGUGGCCAAAUGUAUUAUCACUCUUAGCAGGAUUAAUCGUAAUUAAGACAUUGAUUAUAACAGCAAUUGGUCCACGUGUUGGAUUAACUUUGCAAGAAAGUGUAAGAAUAGGGUUGCUUCUUUCUCAAGGUGGUGAAUUUGGAUUCGUUGUUUUUUCACUUGCAAACAGGCUAGGGGUGUUGCCACUAGAGCUUAACAAGCUUCUUAUAAUUGUUGUUGUGUUAUCAAUGGCACUCACCCCCUUACUCAACGAUCUUGGAAGAAAAGCUUCCAUUUUUAUUGGUGAAAAUGUCGAUGAAGAAGAUAAAACUAUGGAAGAGGCGAAUUUUGAUGCUAGUGAACCCGUUGUAAUUUUAGGGUUUGGACAAACGAGUCAAGUUCUUGCCAAUUUUUUGUCAACUCCAUUGGUUUCUGGUUUAGAUGGGGAUGCAGGGUGGCCUUUUGUUGCCUUUGAUCUUGAUCCAUCUGUAGUAAAGGCAUCAAGAAAACUUGGAUUCCCUAUAUUAUAUGGGGAUGGAUCACGUGCAGCUGUUUUACAAUCUGCUGGAAUAUCAUCUCCUAAAGCAGUCAUGGUGAUGUAUGAGGGAAAGGAGAGAUCAGUUGAAGCUGUUGAAAGGAUUCGUCUUGCAUUUCCUGCAAUACCCAUAUAUGCCCGAGCUCAGGACAUUCCACAUCUUUUGGAUUUGAAGGCAGCAGGGGCAACAGAUGCUAUUCUUGAAAAUGCUGAGACAAGUUUGCAACUUGGGUCAAGGCUUUUAAAAGGGCUUGGUGUCAUGUCUGAUGAUGUCACCUUUUUAAGUCAACUUGUUCGGGACUCAAUGGAGUUACAAGCUCAAGCACUUAUUCUACCCAAGGAUCCAGACCCUGAUGUUAUGACACCAAUGCAGGUGAGGGUGGGGGAUUUAGUGACGACAAGGAAACCUGGGAAAAUGCUAAUUGGGAAGGAAGAAUCGGUGAGAAUUAGCCAAUCAGAAAGAGACAGGAUUUUAAUGACACAAGAGAAAGUUGAAGUAGUACCCAAAAAGAGUAAUGAGUUGACUCAAGGGGAAGAUGCUAGAGGGGUGUUGUAUUGUGAAUUGGAUGGAGAUGACAAUAAUUCAAACCAACAUUAAAAAAUUGAUUUGAAUUUAUGGGUGGUUGUAUUAUUUUUCAAUUUUGUUGUGAGAUUGAGAUAUGAAUUCAAUUGAUCAAUAGAAGGUCAGAUUCAUGGGAUUUGUAUUCAAAUUAUAGGGGGGAGUGAACUGAGGAUGCUAUAUAUUUGUACAUAACUGAAUUCAAUUUUAGCAUCGAUUGAUUACUCAUGGGAAGUCGUAAAUUUAUCUAUCAAUUUGUGUA